UUUGGCUUGAUGGUGGCAGUCAGAAUACAAACCCACUUGAUUGUUUUCAAUGAGGUAUUGUUAGUUAGUAAAUGGAAGUGCUGUUGUCUAAGGUGAUGGGUUCAUAAUUGCAUUGUCUUUUUUUUUACGAAAAAGCUGGACACAUACAUAUAAAUUCCAUGCAUAUCCUAGCUAAUUACAAAAGAGAAGAAGAAGAAGAUGCUUACUUUCUCUAUCCAAGUUUAUGGCAUUUUCUAUAUAAAUUAUGGAUUUUUUAAUGAACUUGAUUUUAAUCUGUAUAUGUGAAUGAGUCAACCUUUCUACGCAACAGUGUUUUGAUGUGCAUGGAGGAGCAUCUGGUGCUGAUGCUUCAUUGAUUGUUCAUGUUUACUGAAUGACUUGUUCCUCUUUCUUUGUUUAUUAGGUUGGUAAUACUGGUGCUAUGAAUAACGAGGCUACUACAAAUAUGAUGCAAAAAUUUUGGGAACAAUUGGGGCCUGCAGAUGAUGAUGAAGAUACACGGAGCUCUACAUUUAAUCUCAGCGAGGGAUCCCUAAAAAUGGCAUCUGAAAGUGGCGAUACAACAAAAUCUUAUCUCACUUUGUCAGUGCAACCAAUUAGUUUUUCCUUCAAAAUCGAAGACAAGAGAGGCGGGAUGCACCGGUUUAUCUGUGGAGGGAGAAUGGAACAAGUCCAACAACUUCUUGUUUUGCCGUCAUUUUAUGAUUAUACUUGUGAAUGCAGACACUCAAAAUUUGACAGAUCUCAUUACUUGUAUACUUCAAAGAGUUGGUGAUGAUAUUGAUCGUAACCAUCUACCGAUGAUUUUGGUAAGAUUAGAUAUUAUUUGUAUACCAGUUGGGUUUCUUAGUAAGGAUUCCAUGAUUUUCAUGAUUUUGAACAAAAAUAUUAGAAAUGAAACUUUUAUCUACAUCUUUGUAUACCAGUUGAACAAAAAUAUUAGAAAUGUUAAUUGUUAUUUAUUUGUACUAUAUCUUGUAUUUAUGAACAAAAAUAUUAGAAAUGAAACUUUUAUCUACA